UGGUACCUUCCAGGAAGUUCCGUGCAACGUGCAAUCUUUUGGUCUUUUCGUUUGGGGAAACAAACCUAUAUUGAGUCCCGCAGUUCAUUAAAGAGCAUUCCCCUAAACAUGCUGGUGUGUGACAGGCGCGUUUAGUGUCGAGAAGCUCAGCCAUGAUGCCAGACUGGCUCAUCCUCUGUGCCUCCAGCCUGUUGUUAAGUCUGUUAUCGGUGGCUGCGUGGCUCGUUCACUCGGGACUGUUCUCACGCAUCACCGUGCGAACGGGCCCCGCGCCGCUCAAGAAGAUCACCUUCGCCUACAAAUUCAAACAAGGACCGUAUAAAAGCUGCCGACAGCUCCUCAGGGAGUCUCUCAGUAUCGGACCAAAGCUUUCGUGCAUUGGAGUGUUUUAUGACGACCCCGAAAAGGUAUCUGAAUCACCGUGCCGUUUUGCUGUGGGCAGCAUUCUGAGCGAAGGGGAAAACAAGCCAGACGAGCAGCUCCUCCAGCGCUAUGAGACAUCGGGUUUUAAUGUCUUUUCCUUUCCCGAAGUCACGCAUGUGGUCACGACCUCGAUCCCCCACAAGCCAUUUCUCUCCAUCCCUCUGAGAGUGGGAAAAGUCUACCCCCAGCUACAGCACUACAUCAAGGAACGGAGGCUCUGCGCUCACCCAUUCCUAGAGAUCUACCGAGGGGGGCAGAUCCAGUUCAUGGCCCCGUUGGCCCGGCAGGGAGACUUCUACGUGCCAGAGGUCCGGCAGGCAGAACGGCGGCUCUCCGACCGCGAGGACUCGCACAGUGACACCGAAGUCUCAGGUGCGGACUCAAACAGCGAGUACAGCUCAGAGAGCGGCGUCCUCCUGACGGACAGCAGAGAGGCGUCCCCGGCGGCGUCCUCCGUCCGCUCCGCCUCCGCCUCCGCCCGGGACCGGGGUAAACAGGGCGACCGGGACUGCGGAGGGAGCAGCUCCAGGGGAGGCGAGUUUAAAGAGCUGCACUGGGAACAGACUGGGGAGACGCAGGAGGACGGAGGACGGCAGCACCGCGGAGACCCCGACCCCAAGAGCCGGGAGGGGCCCACCCUGGAGUGGUGGGGGGUGGUCGGAGGGGAGGAGUGACUGUUCUUUUGGUGGUGCAAAAAAAAAAACAAAAACCCACGUCUCACCAUGAGGUCAUGAAUAUUAUUUGUUCACUGACACGAGGAAGAUUAUAUCAACACAUCCAAAGACGAGGGCCAAACCAGCGCCAUGAGCAUCCACCUUCAUUCUCUCCUGCUGGAAGAUGUUAACCUCCAGAUGAGAUUUAAAGCCUUCAGCUUGGCUUUGUGGUUUUUCAUCAAGUGUUACUAUUAUUUGUUGGGUGUGAGACGCCGCGGCUAGACUUGAAUCCUUCAAUGGACCCGUGUAGAAUCUGACAGCAAAUCUACUUGAAAUCCGCUCAACCGUCUCAGGUAGCCUGGGUUCCUUGAAAGCUGUGCUGCUGUUGCGCGGGUGUGUGUGUGUGUGUGUGUGUGUGUGUGUGUGUGUGUGUGUGUGUGUGUGUGUGUGUGUGUGUGUGUGUGUGUGUGUGUUAGCUAACGCAUACGUCCCGCCGCCUCCAGCUGAGAUGAUCACCGUGCGUCGUUUGACAGCUGUCUGCUCCCUGCACGCCUGCAGCGAGGCGUCCGUUCCCUCUCAAACAGCUCCCUGGUCAGAGGAUCCAUUCACCUGGCUAAUAUCAUUCAUACAAACUGGUACGCGGGGAUGGAAAUGACUCUAAGCACAUGCAUCUGACUCAGUGUUUGCUACUGAUCCUCGUUAAAAGUAUUAUGUCUGUUUUUAAAAGUCUGGUAGUUUCUGAUGAAGACAUAAACGUGUGCGUGACUGUCUACUCGCCUUCUUCCUGUCGUCCUUCCUUCCUGUGAGAACAAUAGGUUUUCUGAGUGUGAAGCCACAAGCAGUGAGCUGUGUAUUAAUAUUCACUUCACUAUAACUGGAGGCAAAGCUGUGUUGGUCCCAGUAUUUACUGUCGUCUACUGUAAUUCUUUUAAUAUACGUUCUGCGCCUUCUCCACAGACUCACUCUGUUUUGUCCUCCUCUUCUCAAAUAAAUUUGGCAGCUGCA